AUGUCGAAUGAUUAUUACCUGGAAGAUGUAGAAAGUGGUGAUCCCGCCGCCGAAGCUCAUUAUUUAAGCAUGCCUAAAGGUACCGCUAUUCCAAAGUCGUUGAUUCUUUUCCGUGAGCGUACUUCUCGCUUCAGUCUACGACCUGCGCAUCCCAUGUCACUUGAUGACGUCAACACAACUCUGACUCAUUUUUAUCUUGAAUUUGGGCGCACGUUUAAUCCAGAUGCUUGGCUUGAGAUGAAUGUCUACCAUGAGGCAUUUGUUGAUGACCAGGAGUGGAUGCGCCACUAA